AUGCAGUCUAAAUCUGUUCUUCAGUGGAUCUCAGGCCUGGUUUUCUUGGUUUUGUGUCUUCAGCCUGGCGUCGUCUGUCAAAACCUCAUGUGUUACUUCUGUCCUCUGACGUCCUUCAACAAGACCUGUAAACACACUCUGUCCGAGUGUCCGCCGCAGCAGCUGUGCUUCACCUCCGACGGACGCUUCGGACGGGCCUCCCUGCUGUUCUCCAAGGGCUGCAUAACCAGGAGCGACUGCGUCCGACCCAAGAGUUCUGUGGUCCGCGGGAACAACGUCACCUUCACGUACUCGUGCUGCAGCCGGAGCUACUGUAACUCCAGCGGGCGCGGCGCGGCCCGUCCGGCUCUGCUCGCAGUGACUGCUAUCGCUGUGAGUGUGUUUGCAGCCGGACUGUGGUGAUCCUCUAGAGACAUGGACGAAACACGGCACUCAUCUGCUACUGAGCCUUUAGGAAGCUGUGUGGAAGUAUUUUAAUGUGCACUUCUUUUAACUGAGCCUCAUUAAAUGUGUUGAUCUUAAA